UUCACUGUGUACAUGUUCACAUGGGAAUCAAUAACGACACAAGAGACGACGACACUUGAAUUUACACCUUCAGAUGGAGAUCAAACGUAAACCCAUACAUACACAAUAUCAAUUUAAGAAACAAAAAACAUUCCAGGAUGUGAAGUUCCCUGUCAGAGGCAGUGUCAGCAGCUAAACAGCUUCAUCACUGCAGUGUUUAGAGCAAAGGAGGAAAAGAGAGAGAGAGAAGAAGUGGAAAAUCUGGACAUGCAUGGCAGGAUCUCACAGUUGUUCUUGAUUAAUGCAUUAACAUGUGGCCUGGAGGUGUGUUUGGCUGCUGGGACCAUCUACAUCCCACCGAUGCUGCUGGAGGCAGGGGUGGAGGAACGCUUCAUGACCAUGGUACUGGCUGUGGGACCUGUGCUGGGUUUAAUCGCCGUCCCUCUCAUUGGUUCAGCGAGCGAUAGCUUGAGAAGUAAAUAUGGCCGCCGGCGCCCCUUCAUUUGGGUAUUGUGCAUGGGCGUCCUGCUCGGACUCUUGAUCAUCCCUCAGACGUCCACCCCUGUUACCCUGCUAACAAAACAACAGCAGCAUUGGCUGAAGGUCCCUCUUCUGGUCCUCGCUAUUUGUUUGAUGGAAUUCUGUGGUCAGGCCUGCUUCACCCCUUUGGAGGCCUUGGUUUCUGACCUCUACCCUGGAGAGGAGGAGAGUUGUAAGGCUUUCUCCAUCUUCUCCCUCAUGCUCAGUCUGGGCGGAUGCGUUGGCUACCUGCUGCCCGCGGUCGACUGGACCACUUUAGACACCGUGGUCUACAUGGGUGGACAAGAGGCCUUCAUCUACGUCGUGCUGACCUUCAUCUUUCUAACCUGUUUGAUGGGUACGACCUUCAUAUCUGAGGAGCCGACCGUACGAGGAAGGCUGGGGGAAGCUGAAGUGUCCACAAAGUCUGAAAUCCUGAAGAUUUGCUCCUGCAAAUGUGUGGUGUUCCCCAGAUUUCUGCUUUUACGAAGGACGUUCUCCAGUGUCUUUUCUGCGGUUCCCCGACUCUACUUGCUGUGCAGCCGCAUGCCAAAAGUCAUAGCGAGGCUGUUUGUCGCUGAGUUGUUCAGCUGGAUGGCCCUCAUGUCCUUUAUGCUCUUCUACGCAGACUUUGUUGGAGAGGGAUUAUAUGACGGCGUGCCCAGUGGAGAGCCAGGCUCCUCAGGAAGGAUACACUAUGAUGAAGGUGUGCGAAUGGCCAGUCUGGGUCUUUUCCUACAAUGUGUGACCUCUGUGAUCUUUUCUUUGGCUAUGGAGCGUAUGGUGUUGUGCAUAGGAAUUAGGAAGCUGUAUCUGAGCAGUGUGGUUCUGCUGGCCGUGAGUACAUCGAUCAUGACCGUAUCCCACAACAUUACACUAGUCACCGUCAUGGCCGCAGCUACAGGAUACACUUUCUGCAUCCUGCAGAUUCUGCCGUACACGCUCAUAUGCCUAUACCACUCCAAUGCACAGGUGUUUUUCUCCAACGACAGGGGGAUCAGAUCGGCUGAGAUACAGCAGAAAAGAUCCAAUGGGUGCAAUAUCAAAAGUUCACAAUCAAUUGAUUUGUCUGUCGCCAUGGACCCUCGUCCUGCACAACCCUCAGCUUUCAGAGGUAUGGGUACAGACAUCGCCUUGUUGGACAGUGCAUACCUGCUGUCUCAGGUGGUGCCGUCCCUCUUCAUGGGCUCCAUCGUGCAGUUCUUCAGUGUGACCGCAUACAUGGCCUGUGCGUCUCUGCUCAGCGUUGUGGCUGUGUAUUUCUCCAGUAAGAUCAUCUUCGAGAAGGUGGAUAUUGAUGCAAGUAGAUGAUUGAGAUGUUACUCAGAGCAAAGGACUCUGGAUAGUGACACAAACCAUAUAGGCUAGCUGGUUCUGCCGAUCUGCUGUUAAAACUGUGAAAAUAGUGAAAAAAUAAUACUACUUCUUCUUCUUCUUCUUGUAAAAUUCCGGCAGUGUAGACGCUGAAAACUGAAUACUAUUAGGAGUAGAUAACUUAAAAAUAAAAUAAAAAUUUUGCUGAUAAUUUUCUUUCUACAGUCGGAAAUAAAUUAAGGUUUUUGAUGA